AUGGAAGUAACACGGCCUGCGGACGAUCUACAGCGACAAGUCCUCCAAAACACUCUCGACGAAAUCGCGACUCGGCAAGAAGAAGACGCCACUGACUGCUGUGUCAUCUGCCUCGAGAGCAUAACCGAAAUCUGCGAAGCCAUCCCUUGUCAUCACCGAAACUUUGACUACAUUUGCCUGCUCAGCUGGCUUGAACAAUCACCAAAAUGCCCCCUCUGCAAAGCCGUUGUCUCUCAAGUUCGCCACGCACUAGAUGAACCUAUCGCAAAGACCUAUAUCGUUUCCAAACCUGCUCCAGAACCCGAGAAACAACCCUCUGAUCAUAGACCGUAUGCGCCGUCUUCUCUUCGUCGUCAGCUUCCUCCGCGGCGACGCCCUUAUACCCGCCGAUCUCGGUACGAAACACCCAGCUUGAGUCCAUCAGACGAGAUCGCACGCCGGAGAGAUGUCUAUCGCCACAACCGAUAUUCGAAACACGUAGGGACAAAUAGGCUGUCCAGAUAUCGUGAAUUGACUCCAGCUGUUUUCUGCGCAGAUAGUGAAUUGGUAUCGCGGGCGCGCAUGUGGAUUCGGCGGGAGCUUCAGGUCUUUCCCUUUUUGAAUCCUGAUGCCGACGAGACAGAGCCAAGGCCAAGCCUGAAUGCCCCAAGGAAUGCCGUGGAACAGCGAAGAGCCAAUAAUGCCGAGUUUCUUCUCGAGUACAUUAUCGCCGUUUUGAAGUCCGUGGAUAUUAUGGGCAGCGCUGGCCAGGCCGAAGAGAUGAUUUCGGAUUAUUUGGGAAGAGACAAUACGCGGCUCUUCUUACAUGAGUUAAGAGCUUGGCUCAGAAGUCCAUACACGAAAUUGACAGAUUGGGAUAGAGCUGUCCAAUACGAGACAUCUACCUCAAACACUCUUGGAGUUGACUCAGAGCAGGCAGGCAACUCGAACUCGAGUUCAAGGAGGGAUCAACCCGAAGAUAAAUCCAAACAUUCAAGUGACCGGAACGGUCCAAGAGGACAAGGCGACUAUUAUCGCCCUGGGGGUCGUUCACAACGGCCAAGAGGAGUACAUAGACGUGAGCCAUAUGCUAGACAGCGCAGUAGAGGCUCAUAG